CUAGAUUUAAAUAAUACUAACCCCUCCCCCUGACUGAAAUUGAAAAAGCAUGACCCUCCCCCAUUUUCCUACUGUAAAUACAGGUUUUUCAAGAGGCCCAAUAAUCACCUCUGUAGCCUAGUCAUAAUAAUUUUAAUUGUGGUCUAACAUUAAUUACUGAUUAAAAUACUUGGGCAGCUUAUAGCUUACAGCUUAUAGCCAAAUCGGUUUGAUACAAAAUAUCUAGAAGGCCCUAGAAUGUAAGAGAACAUGAUGCCAUGGGAUAAGACAAGUAAAGUAGUAUUGGUGUUGUACUUUAGGUCAAGUCUAUAGAGGGCCUAACUUUAUCUGCUGUUUGUCCUUCCUUUGGCCACCUCUGGCUGAAUGAGAUAACAUGUUGGCACAUUAAACAUUGGUGUGGGUCGACCCACAGAUCUAUACACACACUUUUGGUUAUAAGACAGACAAGUCAGAGAAGACAAGUGCAGCAUAGGUAAUGACCGUUGGAAUGGAUGAGUUACCAAUGCCAUAGGCUAUUCACCACUAACAUCAAGGGAUGGCAUUGCUCAUUCAUUCGUCGAGAAAAGGCAAACUGGAUAUGUGGAACGACAAUAAAAAAGGCACAAAACGUUCUCCCUUCCCUACAGCAUCUUCUGCUCCAACUAUGACAGUGUGGGGGUCCAGAGUGAAGCGCUACAUGGGGCCUAACGUUUACACGGCUCCCCCAGAUGGUGGCUGGGGCUGGGUGGUGGCGGUCUCCUUCUUCCUGGUGGAAGUGUUCACCUACGGAGUCAUCAAGAGCUUGGGUAUCUUCCUCCAGGACCUGAUGGGGGAGUUUGGAGAGAGCAACAGCCGAGUCUCUUGGAUCAUCUCCAUCUGCGUCUUCACUAUGAGCUUCACUGCCCCUCUUGCUUCUAUAAUGACCAACCGAUUUGGGUUCCGGCCAGUUGUUAUGAUUGGUGGACUCCUCAUCUCCAUAGGAACCAUCGCCAGUGGCUUCACCAACUCCAUCAACGAGAUGUAUAUCACCAUCGGACUCGUUGCAGGCCUGGGGUACUGUCUGACGUUCCUGCCCACCGUCACCCUACUGUCUCAGUACUUCUCCAAGCGGCGUUCCCUGGUCACAGCUGUCGCCUCCACGGGAGAGUCCUUCUCUGUGUUCGCCCUCGCCCCAGCAUUCUCUGCUCUGAGGGACUGUAUCGGCUGGCGUUAUACUCUGGUGGUGAUCGGAGCUCUGCAGGGCAUCAUCAUCAUCUGUGGAGUUUUGCUAAGACCCAUCUUCAUCAGACCUGGACCAGCCACGGAGACAGAGACAGGUGGACUGGCUGACCAAGAGCUGAAGGCUCUGAACACACAGGAGAAGUCCUACACUAAGGAGAGACUGUACACUAAGGACAUUUCAUAUGCUAAGGAUAGCUAUUACACACCGCAGAGUUCCUACUCUCAGGAGAACAAGCUGACUCAUUGUUACUCCCUGAGCUCUGGAGAGUCUGAGGACUCUGGGGUCCAGUCCCUCCAUCACCAGGUCCUGGAUGAUGGUAGCAAGGCAGGGAUGGAUAUUCCUCUGAAUGGGAAAGAGGAGAAGGGAGAAAAGGAGGGAAAAGAGAGAAGAGAGAAGGAGGUGUCUUCACAGCUGUGCUUAGGAAGCAAGAAGGAGAUGGCGAAGGACGAGGAGCAGACACGCACAGUAUCUGCCCAAAAGCCCAAACUCCUUGACUUCUCCGUGCUGAGAGAAGGCAGCUUCAUUUGCUAUGCUCUCUUCGGCCUCUUCGCCACAUUGGGUUUCUUUGCCCCUCAGCUCUACAUCAUUGAGCUGAGCGUGAGCCGUGGCGUGGAGCGUGACCGUGCAACCUACAUGCUCUCCGCCAUGGCGGUUGCAGAGAUCUUUGGUCGCCUCUCCAUUGGUUGGGUGCUAGGCAGGAAACUGUUUAGAGGCAGGAAGCCCUUGGUGCUGCUAGGAUGUGUAAUCCUGCUGUGCCUGGUGCUGGUGGCCUUUACCCUGGUGUGGGAGUUCUGGGGCCUGGCGAUAUGUUGUGGGUUCUAUGGUUUUUUUAUGGGCACUGUGACAUCAACGCAUAUACCCAUGCUGGCAGAGAAAGAUGUGGUGGGCAUAGAGAGGAUGGCGUCGGCCGCGGGAGUCUAUGUGUUUAUACAGAGCUUCGCUGGGCUGGCCGGACCACCUCUAGGAGGUGUUCUGGUGGACCUGACUCAGAACUACGGCUCAGCUUUCUACUCCUGUGCGGUGGGUAUGGGUUUGGGAGCUGUGUUCCUGGGACUGGUACGACCAGCCAAGAGUGGCUUGCCCUGCUGCAGCAAGAGGGGGCCUCAAAAUUGCCCAGAACCCCUGCAGGUGGGGCCAGGGAACCCUGUACCUCAGCGAGAGGGGAAGGAGGCCCAGGACAGAGACAGUCUUCAGGACUUCCUAGAAGUUUACCUUGAUUUGGACCAGAAACAGGAAAUCAUUACUGAAAAAGGCCAACUGAUGACAAUCUCUACUUGAAAAGACAUCACACAGCUCAGAAGGAAACCCCAUAAGAGUCUGAACUGAAGUCUUGGCUAAGCUAGUGCUGAUUGAGACAAAUCAGACAAAUAUGUGAAUAAAGAAUGCCAUGGACGGAUAAGGAAUCUCUAUCGUGUGAUUUCAGAUCUGGUUUCGGGAGUCUGGCGAGGUUUCAUAUCUCCAGUCACUCACACUGAACAAAGGAAAGGGCAUACUGAACAUGGAUGUAAGGGGUGAAAUUAGCACUACAAACCUUGUUGUAAACUGAGACAACAAUGUUAUUAUUGCUUCCCUGAAUAUCAAAACACUGUGUUUUAGCUCAUGGUACUGUUAGAGAGGAUAUACAAACAAUAUGUAGAGGCCAGUUAUUAGAUUUAUGAAGUCAGCUGGGAAACUUUAUUAUGCUCACACUGCCAUAGGAUUUUGAGUUUCCUCCCAAAAAUAACAUUAAAGUUGAUUCAACUUACAAUUGUAUCUCAUUGGGGAGUAAAGCUGAACAAACAUACAUUCUCAAGUUUAAUUGUAUGCUCACUCAACUUUUAAUUUUAGGUUGAGUGAACAUACGCUGAACAAAAAUAUAAACGCAACAUGUAAAGUGUAAAGCCCAUGUUUCAUGAGCUGAAAUAAAAGAUCUCCUAAAUUGUCCAUACGCACAAAAAGCUUAUUUCUCUAAAAUAUUGUGCACAAAUGUUUACAUUCCUAUUAGUGAGAAUUUCUCCUUUGCCAAGAUAAUCCAUCCACCUGACAGGUGUGGCAUAUCAAGAAGCUGAUUAAACAUCAUGAUCAUUACACAGGUGCACC